AUGCCUCGUGGUCCGCCUCCAUUUAUGAUUGUCUUGGCCGCCAUUGCCUUAUUUCUAUGGUACGUCGUAUGGACACGAGACCAUGAGCGACCCAUGAGCGGUCUGUCGUACUCCGACCGCUUCCAAGACAAGUUGCAACGCCCUGGCACCGCAGACAUACCAACUGUGACCGCGACCCCGGAUACCCUACAUGGCGAGCAUGUUAUGGGGAAACUCGGGAACGAGACCCUGAAAGCAGAACUCGGCCGAGCAGCCUGGAAAGUCCUACAUACCACUAUGGCACGGUUUCCAGACAAGCCAACCCAGGACGAAAGUGAUGCCUUGAAAAGUUACGUCUACCUCUUCGCCCGCUUGUAUCCCUGCGGUGAAUGUGCCGAGCACUUCCAGCAGAUCCUCAAAAAGUACCCUCCACAAACCGGGUCGCGGUCGAGUGCAGCGGCCUGGGCAUGUUUUGUCCACAAUGUCGUGAACGAGAGCAAGGGGAAACCUCUCUUUGAUUGUGCGAAUAUUGGCGACUUCUACGAUUGCGGUUGCGCAGACGAGGAGAAAGAAGAGAUGAGCGAGGCGGGAAUGAUCAGCGACGUCAUUGCUACGCAGAAGGACCACCCGAGACAUGACUCCGUCGAGAUCGAGGUGGAGGGUGAAACAAGAGGUGGCUGA